UUCAACGAAAGUCCCUGUGUUAACAGUAGUGACAGGUGCCCCGUUUGGAUUAUAUGACUUCUUUAUCAGCGACGAAUUCGGAUUCCACACAUCAUCUUCACAACAAUUUAAGUCUGAAAUCGUGAACGACUGGGAACAAACGAACAUUCAGGAGGUAACCAUUAAAAUCUACAAAGAGAAAAACGUUACUGCGUUUUUUGUGUUUGACGGCAGAAAUACCAGCAAAACCAACUGGAUGUCAAAAGAUCGUUUCAAAAGUUCUUCAUACACCGAUCUCACAACUAGUACAGUCGGUUCUCUGGGAUAUUUACAAAUAAGAUUUCAGUCCAACACUGCAAAAAGAGCAUUUUAUUUGUCUAACUUUCACAAGCGCUGUGACGGGGACACUGGCUGGCUUGUUGUCAAGGAGGACGUGAUAACUAAACCAUGCAAAGUGGAUCAAGUGUCCGCAACAACUAUCUGGUACAGUGGUUUAACCACAAAGGAUUUUUUCAAUGAUUACUUCAUAGCAGACUUCAUGACUGUUGAAGUCAAUAUAGAUGUAACGUGCGACAACAGCCGUUUGCAAAUCGACAACGCCGUUUUCAAUGUGACAGGAAAUCAAUUCAACGACACUGUGACGUAUACAUGUCUGGAUGGUUUCAAUCAUACAUACGGGGACCUGUACAGACGAUGCAAUCACCUUGGAUACUGGACAGGAACAAGUCCUACUUGUACAAUCACGUGCAAUUGUUCAUGUGGAUCCAAUAAAUACAUUAACAUAAAUGAUACAGAGGCAUUGAAAGCCAGACUGGAGGAAAUAAAAUCCAAGCUCUCUAUCAAGGCAAGCGAAACUUCUAAAGCUCGGCGUUUAAAAGUAUGUGCAAAGGAUGAGCGAACCUCAGCGAAAGCAGUCGGGAGUAUCCUAGGUGGACUAAUUAUCGGAAGUUUUGUAUUAACGAUUGUUUUAAGUGAUUUACCAUUGCUAUUACGUGAAAUCAAGAAAGCAUAUAGAAACAUUAGGUCUUAGCUAGAAUCAAAUAAAAGCCCCUGUCUUGCUUGUUACUUAAAUGUCAUUAUAAAACAUAAUCAUUUUGAAUGGAUCAUGAGUAGUUUAUAUUGACAAUACGCAAGAAAUAAUCGUAAUUUAUUGCUAGACAAAAUCUACAUUACUAGUAUUCACCGUGUGAUCAAGGAGACGAAUAGCAGUUAAUUUGAUUCAAAUUUAAAUAUCCAUAUAUUUUCAAAGGGACAUGACAACGUUUUUAGAUACUAGUAGAUAUUUUUAAAUUUGAAUAUUUCGUGCUUUUAUGUUUAAAUGGAUUUUUUGCAUGAUUUCUGAUGGAAACAAACGCAUGAAUGUCAAGUGUCGAGUUACAUGAAGGACACAUUGUUUACAAUUCUUUGUUAUGUAAAUAAGGUUCGUGCCAUGUAUUUGCUUACCUUCGUUAAAUACUCGUCAAAGUUCUAUUUUAGCAUGUUUGUUUUCCUUGCUUACUACAUGUAAUU